AUGGAAGCAAUCGUCAAGGGUCAACGCGAGCGUCCUAAUGCAUUCCCACGGGUUAUUACGUGUCCCAGCGAAAUGGUCGCUCUAUCGAUGGCUGAUGGAUUCGCCCGACUGUCCAACCGGCCGCAGUGCGUGAUUGUUCAUGUUGAUGUGGGCACCCAGGCCCUGGGGCCGGCCGUCCACAACGCAUCGGCUGGACGAGCGCCUGUACUGAUAUUUGCCGGACUUUCUCCAUUUACAAUUGAAGGUGAACUGCGCGGUUCCCGCACCGAAUUUAUUCACUGGAUUCAGGACGUACCUGAGCAGACCCAGAUCGUCCGGCAAUACUGUCGCUAUACUGCAGAGAUCAAAACGGGGCACAAUGUGAAGCAAAUUGUAAACCGCGCAUUGCAGUUCGCAACCUCCGAGCCCCAGGGGCCCGUCUAUCUGUGCGGAGCGCGCGAAGUGAUGGAACAGGAGAUUAAGCCUUAUCACCUGGAACAAAAGUUCUGGACACCCGUGCAGCCAACAGCCCUGCCAGCAGACGCCCUUCCGAUAAUCACUUCAUUGCUCAUGCAAGCACGCGAGCCCCUGUGUAUAACAGGCUACGGUGGCCGGGACCCUCAGGCCGUGGAGAGCCUUGUCGCCCUUGCAGAUGUAGUAAAGGGGCUACGUGUGCUUGACACAGGAGGUAGUGAUUUAUGCUUCCCAGCCAAUCAUCGCGGAUGGCUUAGUAGCCGCUUUGGCGUGCACGAUGCUAUACGAAGCGCGGAUGUAAUCCUGGUUCUCUCGUGCGACGUCCCCUGGGUCAACACGCGAUGCAAGCCCUCCCAGUCUGCGAGGAUCAUCCACAUUGACACGGACCCCUUGAAACAAAUCCCUGUUUUCUAUAUCGAUGCUGAGGCCUGCUACAGGGCUGACCCUGCCAUCGCCUGUUGCCAGCUCGUAGAGCAUAUCCGCAGCGAUUCAACUCUGUCCCAGCUAAGCCAGUCUUUGCAGUUCGAGGACCGCUGGGAAGCGCUCGGGCGGUCCCAUGGGCACCUUCUGGAUUCAAUCAGGGAGGCCGCCCGACCCAACAAGGAUGGUUCUUACGGAACUGCCUACCUCUGCAGUCUCAUCCGCCAGCUCGCAUUAAGCGACUCGAUCUACGCAAUCGAAGCCGUCACAAAUACACCCAUCGUGGCUGACCAGAUCCAGGCGAGUCUACCGGGCCAAUGGUUGAACUGUGGAGGCGGAGGCCUUGGAUGGAGCUCGGGCGGUGCCCUUGGGAUAAAGCUCGCGAGUGACGCGAUACAAGGGGACAGGCCAAAGAAGAUGGUUAUUCAGAUAGUUGGCGACGGCUCGUUCAUGUUUAGCAUCCCUGGGAGUGCUUUCUGGAUCUCCCAUCGGUAUAAAAUACCCAUCCUGACGAUCGUGCUGAAUAACCGAGGUUGGAAUGCACCUCGCGUCUCAAUGGAACUUGUGCACCCAGACGGCCUGGGCUCACUGGUCAGCAACGAUGAACUCAACAUUGCCUUUUCGCCUCCGCCAGACUAUUCGGGGAUCGCCCGUGCCGCUUCGAAUAACACGAUAUUCGCAGCCAAAGUAUCAGAGGCGUCGAAGCUUGAAGAUGUCCUCCGCGAAGCUAUCAGACAGGUACAGAGUGGAACCACGGCGGUCGUCGACGCGGUUAUCCACAAUCAGGUCACUUAG